AUUUUGCUCAAGCAUCCGGACAUCCUAGCUAAAGUCCAGAAAGAAAUAGACCAAGUGAUUGGCUCAGAUCGCUUUCCAUCUGUGGAAGAUAGGAGCAAGAUGCCAUUUAUGGAUGCCAUGAUACAUGAGAUACAGAGAUUUGCUGAUAUCGCGCCACUAGGAGCACCUCAUGCAGCUGCCCAAACCACUUGCUUCCGUGGCUACACCAUCCCCAAGGGCACAACUAUCUUCCCACUUUUGACUUCAGUCUUGAAGGAUCCAAAAUACUUUCGCAACCCACAUUUGUUUGACCCAAACCGUUUUCUGGAUGAAAAGAACAGAUUUCAAAAGAAUGAAGCUUUUUUGCCAUUUUCUACAGGAAAGAGAAUCUGCUUAGGAGAAGGGAUGGCAAGAAUGGAAAUUUUCCUUUUCCUCACUUUUAUUCUGCAAAAUUUUUACCUGAAA